AUGAAAUUCCUAAUAUGCUUCCUAAUUUUCUGCACAAUUUUUCCCGCCAAAAUCGCCGCCAAAUCCACGUGUCCUUUUGUUUUGUUGGGAAAAAUCCGGAAAAUUUGCGGAAAUUAUGCGGAAAAUUGUGUGGAGCAGCGAGAUGACGUGGAUUUUAUUGGUCAGUUUUUUUUUGUAAAAUUUUUGAAACAGUAGAAUUUUGUUGAACAAAAAAUAUUAUUUGUUGUUUUUUUUCCAAAAAUACCUCAAUUUUUACUCAAAAAAAUUCACUGUUUCAAAAAUUUCUAAAAAAUUUUUUUGAAAAAUUGAAUUUUGAUUCUAACGACUUUCUAUUUUUUUUGAAGCAGUGAAAAAUUUCACUGUUUCAAAAUAUUCAGGAAAAUUUGAUUUUCGAUUCUGAUUCUGUUCUAACGUCCACAUUUUCAACAACAAAAUUAAAUUCAGAAAAUUUAAAAAAAUUCAUGGAGAUUGAAUCAAAAUUAACUUUGAAAUAAUUUUUGUCAUAAAAUUUUUGAAACAGUGAAAAAUUGUAAAACAAAAAAUUAAUUUUUUUUUUUGAGAAUUUUACCCCUGAAAUAUUUACUGUUUCAAAAAGUUCUCAAAAUUUUUCUUGAAAUUUUUUUAAAUGUAUUAACUAAUGUCUUAACAAUACUAAAUUUUCAAUUUUCCCAAAAAUAUAUCAAUUUACUUUGAAACAGUGGAAUUUUAUUUGCUCAAAAAAUAUACUGUUUCAAAAAAUUCAAAAAAAAAUAAUAUUUUAUUAUGAUGUUAUAUUAUGAUGAAAAGUCAUAAUUCAUAAUUUUUUUGCGCGAAAUUGAGAGUACUGUAGUUCUUGAGAUUAGUGUAUUUAGUUCAAAAUUUGCGGAUUUUUUGCACUGAAAAAUUAUUUAAAAAAUUCAAAACUUCAUACCAAAACUAAUUUUUCAAUCAAAAAUUUUCAAUCAUUUUUGAAACAGUGAAAAUUUCUGCCAAGCAAAAAAUCACUGUUUCAAAAAUUUCUCAAGAUUUUUGUUGAAAAAUUCUAAUUUUGAUUACCCGUUUGGUUACAACAAUCAAAAAUUUGAAAUUUCUCAAUUUUUUUGGCGUAAAAACUCUGAGUAGCACCAAAAAUCCCAAAUUUUCAGGUUUCGCAUUCCACUGUUGCUCAAAAUCCUGUCAUUCUUCUCAUUUCCGCCAAAUUUGCUGUAAAACGCCUGUAAAUUUCAAAAAACACGAUUUCUACACAAUUUUCGAUCGAUAA